CUCAUUCGUACCUGGACGAUAAUCAACUUUAGUAUAUUAUAAGACGCUAAAAGUAUUGCAGAAGAAAAAUUUGGAUGGCAGAUGCAUUCAGAUAUUUUAGUUCAGAACUGCUAUCAACUAUUUAUUUCUUAAAUGUUAUAUUAAAACGCUAAUAGAGGAAGAAUAACUUGGCUUGCCGAUAGAAACAUGUUCCAGGCGAAUUCUCUUCGUCCGUUUGUGUGCGUUAGGAUACCUACGAGAAGAUCUCAAAGUAUUCAAGAAACUCAGCCAUUCUCUGGACUCAUCACCAUCUGAUAAUUUUCGUAGUCUUCCUCCACAAAAGCUUUAUCUAAAUAGUAGUGCCCUCUCGAAAACAACAUACAUACAUACCAAACAACAACAUACAAGCGAGUUUUAUAGUUAAAUGCUUGAUUGUUUUGCUCACAAAAAAUUGCCUCGUUAUUGGAUUAUAAAUUGAAAUUUUUUAUUUCAUCCCUAUUGAUAUUAUUAUAACAUCGGAGUUUUUAAUAUAUAAUGUUUUCGAACGGCCUACCUUGCAAUUUGUCAUUUCCCAGUUGCCUUGGCGUACCUAAAGACAGUGGGAGCGACGAAUUACUACCAACAAACAUGAGCAAUCGUGAACCAGUUAUAUUAAAUGUCUAUGACAUGUAUUGGAUAAAUGAAUAUACAACAUCGAUAGGUUUAGGAGUUUUCCAUUCCGGCGUUGAAAUAUUUGGUACAGAGUUCGCAUAUGGAGGACAUCCUUUUCCUUUUACAGGUGUUUUCGAAAUAACACCCCGAGAUCAUGACGAAUUAGGGGAGCAGUUCCAAUUUAGACAAAGUAUACAAAUCGGCUGCACUGAUUUUACUUAUGAAGAAAUUCGACGCAUUGUUGAUGAGUUGGGUAAUCAAUUUCGUGGUGAUCGAUACCAUUUAAUGAACAACAACUGUAAUCAUUUUUCCAGCUCUCUUACUCAGAUUCUUUGUGGCCAAGAAAUCCCCAGCUGGGUUAAUCGCCUAGCACAUUUUAGCUCCUGUGUGCCAUUUCUUCAAAGAUGCUUGCCAAAAGAAUGGCUAACACCAAAUGCCUUACAACAGAGCAUAACUGCAAUCCACGAACGUGAUGAAUCCGACGCCAGUCCUCUUUGAGAACCACGGGAAUAGGAAAGAACAUAGUAACAAUUUACACCCUAAAAUUAAACAAUCUAUUAUUAUGUAAUUAACGAUAAUGAAUAACUUCAGAUCAGUUGUAGGUUUAUGUACAUUAAAUUAAAAUUUGUUCUUGUAAGAUAUUAUAUAUACAUUUGAUUUCUUACAAUUAAACUUAAAUUAAUAUUAAACUAUA